CAGUUGCGCGCACACGCAGCCGCCCCCCGUGUACCUCGCAAGGCCGGUCCCCCGGUGGGGAAGAGAAACGCGGCGGAUCCGGGCUGCUCCCCCGGCUCCGCCCCGCUUCCCUCCCCCGCCGGCUCCGCCCCGGAGGCCGGCACGCUGGCUCGCUCCCUGCCUGGGAACAUGGCUGAAGUCGGGGAGGACAGUAGCGGGGCCCGGGCCCUGCUGGCGCUGCGCUCGGCGCCCUGCAGCCCGGCCGCGGCGCCCCCUCCCGGGCCGGCGCUGCCGGGCCCCGCCGCCGCCCCGCCGGGCCCGGCCCUGGCCCGCCUGCAGGGCCGCGAGUUCGAGUUCCUCAUGCGGCAGGCGGCGGUCACCAUAGGCCGCAACUCCUCGCAGGGCUCGGUGGACGUGAACAUGGGGCACUCGAGCUUCAUCUCCCGGCGCCACCUGCAGCUCAGCUUCCAGGAGCCGCACUUCUACCUGCGCUGCCUCGGCAAGAACGGCGUCUUCGUGGACGGGGCCUUCCAGCGGCGGGGCGGCCCGGCCCUGCAGCUCCCCCCGCAGUGUACUUUCCGAUUCCCUAGCACAGUCAUAAAGAUCCAAUUCACAUCUUUAUACCAUAAAGAGGAAGUGAAGGAGGAAGCUUCAUCACCUCCCCUUCGGCCGCUUUAUCCUCAGAUAUCACCUCUGAAGAUACACAUUCCGGAGCCGGAUCUCCGGAGCUUGGUCAGCCCCCUGCCCUCCCCCACUGGCACUAUCAGUGUUCCCAACUCCUGCCCGGCCAGUCCACGUGGUGCUGGAUCCUCAGGAUAUCGCUUUGUUCAGAACAUUACCUCGGACCUGCAGCUGGCAGCAGAGUACGCAGCGAAAGCAGCAUCAGAGCAGCAGGCAGACGCAUCUGGCGGGGACAGCCCAAAGGAUGAGUCCAAACCACCAUAUUCCUAUGCUCAAUUAAUUGUGCAGGCCAUAUCUUCAGCCCAAGACAGGCAAUUAACACUAAGUGGGAUCUAUGCCCACAUCACCAAGCAUUAUCCAUAUUACAGGACUGCUGACAAAGGCUGGCAGAACUCCAUUCGGCACAACCUCUCCUUGAACCGUUACUUUAUCAAAGUUCCACGCUCCCAGGAGGAGCCCGGAAAGGGCUCCUUUUGGCGAAUCGACCCGGCCUCAGAAGCCAAGCUAGUUGAACAGGCAUUCCGAAAAAGGAGACAGAGGGGGGUGUCCUGUUUUCGAACACCCUUUGGGCCCCUCUCCUCCAGGAGUGCCCCUGCCUCUCCUACUCAUCCCGGCCUGCUGUCCCCUCACUCUAGUGGCCUACAGACUCCAGAGUGCCUGUCCAGGGAGGGCUCACCCAUUCCACAUGAACAUGAUUUUGCAUCAAAGUUAGCCUCUGUUCCAGAGUAUCGAUAUUCACAAAGUGCGCCUGGAUCACCUGUCAGUGCCCAGCCGGUGAUCAUGGCUGUUCCUCCCCGACCAUCCACCCUAGUGGCAAAGCCGGUAGCUUACAUGCCAAUAGUGACUUCACAGCAGCCUUCUGGUCAUGCAAUCCAUGUAGUGCAGCAAGCUCCCACUGUUACAAUGGUCAGGGUUGUAACCUCCUCCUCAAGUUCCGCUAACGGAUACAUACUGACAAAUCCAGGCCCAGCAGGCGGUGCUCAUGAAGCAGCAGGAACAGUGUUGGAUUUGGCUGGUGAUCAUCGAGGCAUGGAUGAGAAACCAACAAUUGCCUUUGCCACAAUACCCACUGCCAGUCGAGUCAUCCAAACAGUUGCCAGUCAGAUGGCUCAAGGUGUCCCAGGGCAAACUGUUACCAUCCUUCAGCAGGCAACUCCAGUGACCAUUGGACAACACCAACUACCUGUUCGGGCAGUGACACAAAAUGGGAAGCAUGCCAUCCCCACCAACAGCAUCACCGGCAGUGCUUAUGCUCUCACAAAUCCGCUACAGCUCCUUGCAGCCCAGGCUAGCUCAUCCACUCCCGUUGUGGUCAGCCGGAUAUGCGAGGCAGCGACUGAAGACCCUGCAGCACCCUCGGGUGAGCCAGAUGUAAAAAAACCCCGGAUGGAAGAGUCCAGCGGAGCAGUCCAGGCUCAAACUGGAGUCAUCACAUCCACAGCGCCGCAAGGACAGGCAACCAGUGAAUGACGAAUCGGUGGGAGGAUAGUAGGAAUGUAGGUGAGGCAGCGGCAUGAGCCUCGAAAGCAAUUUUCAAAGAAAAGAAAAACCACAACUGUAACAACAGCUUGAAAUUUAGAGAAUUACGAGCUCUUUUUAAAAUUGCAUUUUAAAGGGCAGGUCAACAACAGUUCUUAGAAUCUCGAGGUGCCAAAAAGAAUGAAAAAAAAAUCCUCCCAACUACCUGUACCUGGAACUCAGUUCUGCCUUUACUUAUGGGAUAUUUUUCCUCUUUUUAGAUUUAAAAAAAAAAAAAUACAGACAACUGAUUGUAUGACUGCUGGGAUUUUUUUUUUUUUUUUAAAUCUCCCUCCCUUUGGGAUGGGAGUUACAGUUCAGCAUCUAAAGGAAUGUAUCACACACACCCCUGCUCUCUGGGAAGAAGGAUGAUCAUCUCUGAUGCCUUGCUAUUCUGCCUCUCGGAGCUUCAAAACACAUGACCAUUUAAAAGGGCCACCCAAGAAGAUUUAGAAGGAUGGGUGCAGCUUCUCGUAGGGACAGCAUUAAAGUAACAUGAUACCAAACUGGGGGGAAAGGCAGAUUUUUUUUUUUUUUUUAACAAACCCACCCCUGCAAAACAUCCAUAUAUCCAUAUUUGUUUAUAUGGGGAUUUGGGAGGGGGAGCUACAGGGCUCAACCAGAUGGAUCUUCAAAAUGUGGUUUCUGUCCAUUCCCUUUGAGGGAAAGUGAGAAGGUGGACGAGCAGCAUUAACCUAUUUCUUUUAAAGAAAAGAGAAAAAAACCAAAAAGGGGUGGGUUGUCCUCACACUGAUUUCUCACAGUUAUUCAUCAUCCGCUUCUGAAUUCACAGCAAAAUAUCAUAGUGACUGCACAUGUGAGAAGGGGCAUCUUUGAAAGGUUCUGUGUAUAUUUGGUUUUCUAGUUGUUCAUAUGUCCCCCUGCUUCUGGGGCAGUAUGGUUUAUUCAUAACAUCCUAGAAUGAAACUACCAUCACCUUUCCUGUGAACCCAAGGGGCAUGUGGUUAGCCUUCUGCAUCAGUGGUUGUGUCAGUCCUUUCUGGCAGUACGACCCUCUGGCCUGAAGACCAAAUGGCUUAAGGUCAACAGUCCAGCACCAGAUUGAAACUUGGAAGUGGAUUUCAGCAGGUGUCCCAUGGUAUGAAGCUGAGACAGUGAGGGUAAAUUUCAGGGGUGAGGGGCAGUGGGGAUUAAAGACAGUAUUUGAGAAUGAAUCUCAUAAACUAAUGCAAACCAAAAGAACAGAGGCCUCACACUUUCUACAUGAAAACUGGCAACUGCUGUUUUUAAAACAGGAUUUUGAGGUUUUCCUUUGCUCCCCAGCCCAUGCUCUCCCAAUGAUAUAGUUAGAUAAAGGACCAGGAGUCAAUUGCAUUUGGGACUGGCCAGUAGUCAAGAUAAUUUCCUUUUAAAUAUAUGUUUGUUUUAAUUCAGCAGUUGGAUAAAAUCAUGUUAUUUUCAUAAUGUACUAAAAAGAUCAGUGCAGACCCAGUAUCCCUACAGAUUUCUGAGACACCUGAAGCACUAGCGACAAUGGAGCAUGUGUCUUCUUUCUAGGGAUCUGUCUGUCCUUUCUGCUUCCACUGAUGCAGUGCAGUGUUGUCAUCUUGCUGUUAAAUCCAAACUGACAAUGCUGUUAUGGAGCAGAGUGCAGUGAGCAGCAAGCUCAGUGUGGAACUUUUAAUGGGACGGAUUUCCCCAAGAUAGAGCAGAUGAGACCAUUCAUAUGCUGUACACAUGGCAGUUCACGGGUGUUAAGGAGCAAAGCAGAGCUGAUUCAUUUCUUCUAGCAUCUUAGGGAGGAGACAAAUGUAGUAGUAAUGGCUAACCGCAGACAGGCGACACUACUUCUCUUCUAGGUUUCCUUUCUCUUUGCCAAGUCCCAUUCCCUGUGACUGAGAUGUAUGAAAGCUGAGCAAGUUUGGUUUUGCCUUGCAGAAACAAAUUUCUCGGUUUCCAAAAGAGGAGAAAAUUCCUGGGGGACAUGGUUUAGGGUUACACCUUUAGAGGAACAGACAGCCUUGAAGACAGCGACGCAUCUACAGCUUCACCAUUCUAAUUUAUCUGUACAUUGGUGGCAGUGAGUGGACAGGUUCUCUGGAUUUUAGUGCAUUGAAUUGAUUUCUGAAAUCUGGCGGCGGCUGUUGUAAUUUGCCUAAUAGUCGCAGUCGGCCAAUCAGCAACUUUGCACCAAUUCUUGGUGGCUAAGUCUGGGGUUUUGACCGUAGUCAGCUGAUGUAACAGUUUGCUCAAAACCAUGAUGCUAAGAGGAGACUGUUAGCCGAGAGUCAGAAAUAGGGCACAGUGAUGAGAGUGCAGCACAAUUUGUUUGUGUCCCUACAGCCAGUCAGUAACAUCAGGUGAAUGGUACUCUGAAUUUCAUCAAACCCCCAGAAAGAACUAGGAAGCCGGGAAUCCUUUGUUUAAGGCAGGCUUUUUAAGUCUUGUAACAGGUCAGGUGAGCAAAUGCUGGAUGAGUGACCAAUGAAAAAUAUUGUUUGGGUUGCUUCUCCUUGAAAAUGUGCAUCAAUAGGACCAUACCAUAAGCUGCCUUAAAUCAUAGAUCCAUUGAAAUCAAUGGAGACUUGUAGACUUACAGCAGGUGAGUGUUUCCACAGAUCAGUUGCUAGGUUAUAGAUUAUAGAUUUUAAAGUGUACAUAUUUGCCCCUCCAGCAUUCAGGGCAGUGUAACGUUUUCCAGACUCUCCUUUGUGGCUCAGAACACCUGCUGGCCAAGUUGCUAGUUGAAGAUAAUCGAAUGUACUUAUCACCAGUUGCAAGUGGAACCAGUGAACCUGUAAAACCCCAGAAUCUUUAGUUUACCCAAGUAGUUUUUCUGCCUCAUCCCUCCCCAGUCUGGUGCAUUCACCUUCCAUUCUAGGAAGCAGCCAUGCCACUUAUGAAUUAACCCUUCUUUGCCAGCCUUUUAGUUGGCGCUUGGCUAGUGUUGGACCCACACUAGGAAAAAUAGCACUUCUUACCCCAAAUCCUGUAGAGCCUAUGGAAAAGUGUUCUCCUUCCUUAUUUGUAGCAGCUGAUAAGAGUAUUCAUACCUACUGUCGGGCCUCUCGGGUGGUUCUCUAGCAUGCUGCCAGUUCUAGAAAGCUGCUCAGCUAAAACACUGCAGUUACUAAGGAAAAUUCCUCGGCAGAAUUUCCUCUUAAAAAGGGCAAAUUAUAGAUAUUGGCAAUUGAAACAACCUAAUAUGUUAUCUAAUCCAUCCUUGCCAAGGCAAGAUUGUUGCAAAGCCAGAAGCAAGUUUUCUUCCCUGUUACAUGCUUUUUCAACCCUUUAAAAGUAAGUAAGUAAAUAAAAAGGGAAACUUAAAUGCAUGAGUAAGAUACAUUUGUCCUGUUUACACACACUAAAAACUAAGUUUAGGAAACUAUCCAGCUUUAUUAAAAUAAACCGUAUUGGAUUGGAAUAGCCAUCUAUUAAAAUCCAGUUUGUAAACAAACUUAAGAAAUCAAUAACAAAAAUAGGGACGUGAUGGAAAUAAUGACUACCUGUGUCUGCUGUUCAGUUGGUGAUAAAGUUAUGCACCAUUCCAUGCUUGCAACUUCAUAGCUAUAAUUUCUAAAUGAAAUAUGUAUUGAAAACCUAAAUUCUUGUAGUGGUGAUCCUCUCUCUUGCUGUCUUUUCCCCUUCAUGUUGCUAAUCAUAGUCCACACUCAGCUGAUGGGGUACAACCAAUAUGGAGGAAAUGGGUUGUGGUGGUAUUGGUUAUUGGAAUGCAGAACUUGACCUGGAAAUGUUUGGUGAUGAGCUGGACUGAAUCCAUAUCUGAGUUUGAGGCUUGUUGACCCUUCUUUUCUAGUUGAAAGUGAUUUCAUUGGAGAGUAUUUUCCCUGCGCACUCCAACUGAUGCUGUAUUGAAAACAACAGAUGCUCUCUCUUUUCUUUUAACAACCCCCCCUUUUUGGGCGGUUUGUUGCUAGUGACUGUCAGACCCAGGCCUAGUCCCAUGAAUUCUCCUACAUUUUCGCACCAAAUCUCUGUUGCUUUUCAGAUGACUGUGAUUACUGUGCUGUCCCUUGGCUUCAGCAGGCAUCCUUGGAGAUGGAAUCCAGUGCAACUCCAAGGUCAUUUGAAUUACAAGUUGCCAUUUCAUUGUCCGUCCCAUUCCUCCCCCCCCCCCCCUCCCCAGUCUGUCUAUGUGAAGGUGCUCCUGCAUUCUGGCGUACUUGAAUGUGACCUCCCAUACUUGGGUUACCUUUGCAGAAUAAUAUUGAAUAUGUUUUAGUGAUUGACUUGAAACUAAGAAAAUGUUAUCCCCAAAGAAUUCCCAGGAAUCAUACAAAAAACUGUAUCUGCCUUUUAAACUCCCCUAUUUGAAAAUGGGAGCUACUAAUUUUUGUGUAAGGUUGCAACAUUAAAAAAAAUUAAAUGAAUUUUUCUGUUGAAACUUUUAAAAA